AUGCAUAUAAGUAACCAUGUUUCGUUUUUGUUCCACAAGGAAUGCAAGAUCGUCUUGGCGGAGAUCAAUAGAGAUGAAUCACGAUGCCAUUACGAUCGUGGCGAUUGUGGCGACGGGUCACCAAGGCAUGGGUGUGAGAGGGUUGAGAAGCGGCCCAUGUUCUAUGAGCUUAAGCAGGCGGGCACAGGAAGGAAACGAAUCGAAAAGGUCUUAGAUGACUUUCCACUUGAACUUUUUACUGCUGCUGCUGUUGCUGCUGCUACUGCUAUUCUUCUUGGGAGGAGGCGCACUGUGUGUACUGCUACUCGUGCUACUGCUACUCGUCCAAAGGGUAUCGAGAGGGGGCAUCGAUGGCUGCAUGCACUUCUUGAAAACAUGCUUUUGAGAGAAGCACGUCGUCGCUGGGAGGGUGGCUCUUUUGAAGAAGGCCAAAAGAAAGAACAAAAGACAUCCGAUGUCUUGAUGGCGUCCGGUAACAACAAGAGACGUUGGCAAAAGUCUUCCAACUCCAACUGUCGUUCAAAGUACUUGCGAUUCGCUCUUUUCAACAAAGAAUGCUGCUUUUUCAAGAUGUGCAAUUGA